AUGCCACCGCCCGCAGACGACGCGAACCCCAUACAGCAACCUCCAACCAGAUUAUCGGCAUCCCCACCAUCACCAGAAGAUCAGGAGCGGUUAGAGCGAAGACUUAACGCUCUAUUGGAGGACCAGAAAGCUAUCAAAAGAGCAGCAGAGACUUCGGUGGCUGCAUUGACAGAAUCGCCCGUCCCUGAGGUCAAAGAACCCCCUCCAAAGGAGCCGGAGCCACCCAAGAAGGACGAGUCCUUGGACAAUAUUGCUCGCGUGCCUGAUGAACACUUACCUUCGCACCAGGAGAAGCAGAGAUGGAGUCUUUCCAAGCGCUUCUCCGAGGCCAUGGAUGAGCUACUACCGAAGCUUGCUGUAGUCACGCAAAAGGUCAAUACAUACACUGGCACCGACUACUCUGGGGUAGAAGCACUCAGGAGGGAGAUCAAAGAGCAAGAGAAACUUGUCAAAGCCCGCCGCUCAGCCAUUGAUUCCGCCAAACAAGCCCUCGAUACCGCCCUCGCCCACCAAGCCACCUCACAGAAGGAAGUCGUCGCUCUUCUUGAGCGUAAGCAUUCCUGGUCAAACGGCGAUCUGGAACGCUACAUGGCUCUCAUCCGCUCCGAACACAUCAACGACCAAGCCGUCCGCGAAGCCAAAGACGCCGUCGCAAACGCCGAAAACGCCUUGGAGGACGCGCGAGCACAGCUAGAGAAGAGGGAACGUGCACAAUACCACGAGGAGCAAAUUUGGAGCGAUACCAUUCGCAGGAACAGCACAUGGGUUACGUUUGGCCUCAUGGGUGUCAACAUCUUCCUGUUGUUAUUGAGUCUGGCCAUCUUGGAGCCAUGGCGGAGGAGGAGGAUGGUUCGGGAGAUUAAGAAUACGUUGGAGGCACACCAGAAGCUUGCUAUGGAUGCCGCCACAACAUCAGUCGCACCCGCAUCAGCCUCUCAAGGUCUUACAGCGAUUGAAGAGGAGAUCGACCGGGUCAUUGAUCAUACUGACGCACCUGCAAAAGCCGCGGCGCCUGUAGUAUCUGAGGUCAUUGAGGAGUCGCCAACAGCUGGCACCAACAUUGCAUCGCCAGUCGAAGCGGGCCUCAUACCAGAAGUCAUGCCUGAAGCAGCUGUUGACCCAGUGCCAGCUUCCGUCGUUCCGGAAGCCAAGACCAUCAUCCUAGAAGAAAAAGUUCCAACACCCGAGGAACGCAUAGCCGUCGCUGAAGAAAGCGCACCAUCUCACGCCGCUCCUCGUUCCAAGCUGGAGAGCUGGCAGCAGAAGGCAACCUUCAUAGCACACGACGUUGUGAGCGAUCGCGUCAUUUCGAUGCGGAGAAUCGACUAUACGAGCGCCAUUCUUCAGGGUGCUGCGGCGGGAGCUGUUAUCACGGCGAGUAUCAUCGCUAUGCUGAGACCGAACUAA